AAUCUCUCUCACCAAGUCUUUGGGUUAGUUCAGCCCGUGUAUCUUUGUCAUUUCUUUUGUCCACCCCACUUUUCCCACCAUUUCAAUUUCAGGUUAAAAUUGAGAGAGCAUAAGUACCCAGUCGACAAACAAAUACAUUUUCUUUUUGUCUGAGAAACGGUGCUGAAGAAGAAGAAGAAGAAGCCGAUAACCAGUUUCAAGUUGGAUUUGGGUGUUAUUUUUUUUCUGUUCAAGUAUCAAGAAAGCUGGAAUCUUUCACGUUUUCUCUGUCAAAGAAUUUAUGAAGAUUGUUUGCAUAUGGGGGUAAUAUAGAAGCUAAGCUACUUUGUGACUUACAGGGUCUUCUUUAUUUGGUAAAAGCCAAACCCCAUGUUUACAAGAUGUGCGACUCUUCUCUCGUGCAAUCUGCUUUAAGGAAAAAUGAUUGUCGGCCAGAUAUUGUUAGUGAACUUCAAGAUAAUAUCUCAUGGUUAGAGGAAACGAGUUACAAUGAAGAGACUGGAAGCGCGGAAUCGUGUUCUAAAAGCAGUGAUUUUUAUCCUUAUAGGUUUCAGCUUGAGCAGGAUGUACAUAAAUUGCAAAAAAAGCUGCAAGAAGAGAUGGACCUGCAUUCUGUUCUGGAAAGUGCUAUAGAGAAAAAUGCUUCCGAAUUGUCAAGUCCUUCAUGCCUUCCACACCAUGCUCAGGAGCUUCUAUCCCAUAUUGCCGUAUUAGAGUGUACCAUCUCAAAACUUGAACAAGAGAUGCUCUCUUUGCAUUUCCAACUUAGUCAAGAGAGAAGUGAACGGAGGCUUGCUGAAUAUCGAUUGAGGCAUUCGGUUUCUCCAUCAAUUUCACCAUCAUCAAUGUGUUUGCAGCACUCAAAUCUUGGAUUGCAUCUUUCAUUAGAAGAUAAUUCAUACCAAGAGCCUACAUACCAGCUGUCAGAAUCUACUGGUGAAUCAUCUUCUGCGGAGUCUGUAAGAGAUAAGAAUGCAGUGGACAUGCUUUUGCAACAUGCUGCGAAAAUAUCUUCAAAGACAGAUGAAAAAUCUCUUCAACGUCUAUCGUUUUUGGAGAUUUCAAGAGGGAUAAUACCUAAUGGCCUAUGGGAGCAUCCUAACCGGCUAUCAGAAGAGAUGGUUAGAUGCAUGAGAAAUAUAUUCAUAUCUCUUGCAGAUUCAACUGUUCCUUCCAAAUCAUCUGUGUCUAAAAGCAACAGCUCAACUCUAUCACCUCAGGGGCAUCUAUCAAAUUCAUCAUGGUGGUCAUCAUCAGAAAGUUCCAAGAUUCUGUCUUGGGUGCAGAGCCCUCAAGUUGAUAUCCAAAGCAACUCUGAAGUUUUGGCUUCAGAGAAUUCCUUUGAUCCCUAUAGAGUACGAGGGAAGUUAAGCUGGGCUGAAAUUGGAAACUAUGGCUUAUCAACCGAAGUAUCCUGGAUGUCAGUUGGGAAGCAGCAGCUGGAAUAUGCAUCUGAGGCUUUAAGGAAGUUCAGAACACUUGUGGAGCAACUGGAAAAAGUGAAUCCUAUUCGCCUAAGUUGCAAUGAGAAGCUUGCCUUCUGGAUCAACUUGUAUAACGCUCUAAUCAUGCAUGCUUACUUGGCAUAUGGAGUUCCAAGAAGCGAUUUGAAGCUCUUCUCCUUGAUGCAAAAGGCAGCAUAUGCCGUUGGUGGCUACUCCUUCAGCGCAGCUGCAAUUGAAUAUGUCAUCCUGAAGAUGAAACCACCGUUGCAUAGACCGCAAAUUGCUUUACUUCUUGCCCUUCACAAAUUUAAGGUGUCGGAUGAACAACGCAAGUUUGCAAUUGAUGCGUAUGAACCACUUGUAACUUUUGCACUUAGUUCUGGGAUGUACUCAUCACCUGCGGUGAGAAUCUACACUGCAAAUAAUGUUAGGGAGGAGCUUGAAGAAGCUCAAUGUGAUUUUAUACGAGCUUCGGUGGGGGUUAGCAGCAAAGGAAAGCUAUUAGUUCCGAAAUUACUGCACUGCUUUGCCAAGGGCUUUGUGGAUGAUUCCAAUUUGGCAGUAUGGAUAUCUCCUUACCUGCCACCAAAUCAAGCUGCCUUUGUGGAGCAGUGCAUAUCAAAACGGAGGCAAAGCCUUCUCGGUUCCCGAAACUGCGGCAUUCUUCCCUUCGAUUCACGCUUCCGUUACUUAUUCUUGCCUGGUAAAAUUCCGAUCCAAUGAUGACUAUAUUAGCUUUUCCAUCUUCGCUUUGCUUGUUAGUUCGAACUUCGAACCAUACACACAGCAAGCUACAAAAUUAGGUUGAAUCCACACCAAAAAGUGAAUCUUUUGCAAUAUCCUUGAGAAAGAUGAGGAUCAUUUGCAGUUUUGGUGUUCAUGCAUCCAGAGUGAUACACAUAUUUGUGUGGUGAACAUUUUCCCCCCUUAAUUCAUGACUACUGCAAAUGCUUUGGCUGCUGUAUUUUCUUUACCCAACUAGGUUAGUAUAACAACUUAGAUAAAAUAUCAACUUACUCGGAUUCAGUCCGGUAAUGACGGAGAUGAGCUCGAGUAAUUUGAGUAGCUUGAAGCACUGUUUAACCAGUCUAUGUUGGAUCUUGGGUGAGUUAAUUCAUGGACCUAACUUUUAUA